AUAUCUUGUAUAACUUUUGCCUCAUGCUUUGUCGUCGUCCCGUUUGACGUCUUGCCGCGCUCUCGGACCUGAUAUUAUCCUCCCUGGUACAGAUGUAGACAGGUGUCACCGAAAUCCGUUGUAUUCCAUCAUGGCUGGUUUCUUCAGUCAAGUAUGGACCUUGACGGUCAAGAACUUGUUAAUUGUACUGGUGCGCGCAUGGCUAACUACGCCCAUUCGCGCAUUCAUAGCUCCUAUCAUUUUUAUGUUCUUCGUUAGUUACUCAAAGAACUUUUUCAUACCCCCAGCAGAGUUUGGAGUCGGCUCGCCGUCACCUCUUCGGUCAUUGCCGGACGCCUUCGCCGCUGCUGGCGACAGUAGGACCACUGUCGCAUUUGUCAAUAAUGGCUUCACGGGAGGUCAAAUAGAAGGAGUUAUCAAUGAUGUGGCAAAUCAAGUGCGAAUGAAUGGCAAAGAAGCUACCGUCGUGGGAGCAAACUCGGACCUCCUAGAGGUCUGCCGCAGCUCACUACGUGGAGCUUCGAUCUGCUAUGGUGCUGUCGUCUUCCAUGGGUCUCCAAGCGAGGGUACAGGAUUCUGGAACUAUACAGUUCGGGCCGAUGGCGCUUUUGGUGCAUCUAUAUUCGUCGACCAGAGCGACAAUGAGGCGCAGCUGUAUCUCCUCCCACUCCAGCAUGCCAUCGAUUCCUCAAUUAUCGGUACCAAUGGCACGACAUUCCCGGCUAACAUUGACCAAUAUGUUUUCACUUCGCGGACCGAUGAGCAGAGAGCACGCUCUAUACAGAACUUAUUUAUGAAUAGUCUCAUAACAAUCUUUGGUCUGGCCUUCUACGUGGGAGUAUGUGGCGUCACUUAUCAAUUGACGGGACAUAUGGCUUCUGAACGAGAACUAGGCAUAUCUCAGCUGAUUGAAGCAAUGGUUCCAAACACGAAGACCUGGCAUACCCAAUGGGCACGACUGUUAUCGCUCCACCUCGCUUUUGACAUCAUUUACUUACCAGGCUGGAUUAUUAUGGGCAUAAUUCUUGCUGUACUGGUCUUUCCCGAGAGCAGUGUCGCCAUAUCACUUCUAUUUCAUAUCCUCACCGGGCUUGCUCUUACGAGCUUCUCCAUCUUUGGUGGUUCCCUUUUUCGCAAGGCCCAAUUAUCUGGCAUCACGGUCACUCUCUUUACAGUCGUGCUCGCAAUCGUUGCUCAAGUCGCUCGGAUCGAGUCUUAUGGAGCAGUCUUGGUGUUGAGCCUGAUCUUCCCUCCGAUGAACUAUGUCUUUUUCAUCAUCUACCAAGCCCGAUUUGAAGGUGAUGCUCGGCCCACAAAGUUAGACGAAUUUGCGCCUGCACAUGGCAGAUCCACUUUCGAAGUCCAUGGGUACACCUUCUUCAUUUUCAUGGGAGCCCAAUUUGUCAUAUAUCCUGUCCUAGCUGCUUUCACUGAAAGAUGGCUUUAUGGGACCGCGGACAAGCGAAGGUCACUGCACAUGGACGAAGACUCACCUCAUGCUGUAGAGCUGUCGAAUUUCUCCAAGCACUAUGUGCCGAGCAAUUGGCGCCAAUGGACAGCAAACAUAUUCCGGACUCAACCUCCUGAGACAGUGAUUGCUGUCAACAAUCUCACUAUUUCGGCCCGCACCGGAAACAUCCUUGCGUUGCUGGGCGCUAACGGUAGUGGCAAAUCGACGACCCUGAAUGCCGUCACUGGAUUGAGUAAUUUCAAUGGCGGAUCAAUCAAAGUUGAUGGUACCGGGGGUCUUGGGUACUGUCCGCAAAAGAACGUAAUGUGGGACGACUUGACAGUUGAAGAACACAUCCGCAUUUUCAAUCGCCUCAAGAGUAGCACCGGGUUUGAUACAAAGCAGCAGAAUAAUGACUUGGCUUCUUCAGUCGACCUUGGUCACAAAUUCAAGGCCCGGUCUAAGACUCUUUCUGGUGGUCAAAAGAGGAAACUUCAGCUCGCAAUGAUGUUUACUGGUGGCAGCAAAGUAUGUGCCAUUGACGAAAUCAGCUCUGGCCUAGACCCCGUUUCACGACGGAAGAUCUGGGAUAUAUUGAUGGCUGAACGUGGUAUCAGAACUAUGAUCUUGACCACUCACUUCUUGGACGAAGCAGAUGUUUUGGCUGACCGUAUAGCUAUUCUUUCCAAGGGUAACUUGAAAGCUGAAGGCUCCGCUGCUGAACUUAAACAUCAUCUCGGUGGAGGUUACCGAAUCUAUCUUGACCACAGCUUCAAUGUCAGCACUGGUGACAUGGCAAUAUCUGGCUUGCGAAGCCGAGUCCUUGGCGAGAAGACUGUUUAUCAAAUGCCAACAUCUGCAGAUGCAGCUGCAUUCGUUGCACAUAUUGAGACACAAGGGUUUACAGAUUAUCAGGUGACCGGACCUUCGAUUGAAGAUGUCUUCCUAAAGCUCGCCGAGGAAGUUAAGGAGAGUUUUGGCGAUCAGAACGCUACUCAAGUCAACGAAGACGCUGGUGACUUGGACAUGCCCAAAUCCGCAGAUGACCCAACGCUCUCCUCUUCUGAGGCGUCCACAAAGCAUGAGGAGCAUAAUGCUUUGGAUAUAACCUCCGGCUCAGGCCUCAGUAUGUUUGCUCAAGGCAAGGUCCUGUUCCGGAAGCGGUUCAUCAUCCUCCAACGCAAUUUCUUUCCGUAUGUCGUCGUUCUUCUUCUGCCGAUCAUUGCCGCCGGUCUUGUUACUUUGUUUCUCCAGGGUUUCAACGGACUUAGCUGUGAUCCUGGAGCAGCAUCAAGUAACCCGCCGGUCACAGGUUUUCCCUUUGCAGUCCUCACUGGGCGACUCAACGAGACUACUGUGAUGCCAAUAGGACCUCCAGAUAGGGUGACUUCUCUUCUUUCUAACCUAACAGCGAUUACUGGACUGAAUGAAUCGAACUUUGCCAUUGUCAACACGUUACAGGAGUUCCAGGAUUACAUUGCUACCAACUUCUCCCACGUCAAGCCUGGUGGAUUCUUCCUCGGAGACACGCCGACUUUCGCUUUCGAAGGCGAUGAAGAGAUUUACUUCACAACGAUCACGCUGAAUGUACUAGACAACGUCCUAGCUGGUAGCCAAAUCUGGACCGAUUAUCAGACGCUAGCCGUGCCGUUUGCGCCAACAGCGGGUGACACUUUACAAUUGAUUCUGUAUUUUGGCUUGGCUAUGUGCGCUUUCCCCGGCUUCCUCGCGCUCUACCCAGCAGCGGAGAGGAUACGCAAAGUUCGUGCAUUGCACUACAGCAAUGGUAUACGUGCUGCACCCCUUUGGCUUGCAUACCUGCUCUUUGACACGCUCUUUGUCACAGUCGUCGCUGCCAUCACAGUCGGCAUCUUUGUCGGCGCCAGCAGUGUCUGGUAUGGUCCCGGCUACAUGUUCGUCGGGUUCUGGCUAUAUGGUAUCGCAUCGGCACUGAUUGCAUAUAUCGUAUCCCUGUUCGCGACAUCUCAGUUGGCUGCUUUCGCUGUCACAGUUGGUUUGCAAUGCAGCAUGUUCUUAUUGUACUUUGUCAUCGUCCUUUGUAUUACCGUCUUUACAGAUGCGAUUGAUAUUCCGACAAACCUCACUAUUGGCAACUUUGCUUGGAACAUCAUCACCCCCGCAGGCACGCUGCUGCAAAUCUUACUCCUGAGCUUGAACCAGUUCCAACUGCUCUGUACGUCGGAUAAUACCACAGAAUCAUACCCAGGCACCAUCACAAUCUACGGCGGGCCCAUUCUGUACCUAAUAAUCCAAAUCGCUGUGCUCCUCGGCUUUCUCAUCUGGUGGGACAGCGGCUCAUCCUUCGGUCUCAACUGGCUGAAGAAGAAAGCUCCAGCUACAGCUGACUCUGAAUCCGACUCAGCUCUCGACACCAAAGAUCCCUCUGUAGCUACCGAAGCUUCACGCCUCGAAACAAUCGACCUCCCUCUGAAAGUCAACCACGUCUCCAAACAUUUCGGCCGUAACUUGCUCGCCGUUGACGACGUAACUUUCGGCAUCGCACACUCUGAAGUCUUCGCGCUUCUUGGCCCUAACGGUGCCGGUAAAUCUACCACCAUCUCCCUGAUCCGCGGCGACAUCACUCCCUCCUACCGCAACGGUGAUAUCCUGGUCGAGAACACCUCCAUCUCGAAACACAGAGCCAAGGCGCGCCUCCAUCUAGGCGUGUGUCCACAAUUCGACGCCAUGGACACCAUGACCGUCACGGAACACCUCGCCUUCUACGCGCGCGUGCGUGGCGUACCCAAAGCGGACGUCCAGCGCAACGUCGACACAAUUGUGCGCGCCGUCGGACUAAUGCCAUAUACCCAACGUAUGGCCGCCAAGCUCUCGGGCGGGAACCAGCGCAAGCUCUCCCUCGCGAUCGCCAUGAUGGGCAAUCCGAGCGUGUUGCUGCUUGAUGAGCCGAGCAGCGGCAUGGAUGCGGCGGCGAAGCGGGUGAUGUGGCGCACGCUGAGCGCUGUCAGUAAGGGGCGUGCGCUGCUGAUUACGACGCAUAGUAUGGAGGAGGCAGAUGCGCUUGCGACACGGGCGGGCAUUAUGGCGGGGCGCAUGCUUGCCGUGGGUACGACAGACGAGCUAAGGCAUCGAUAUGGUGGUGGCUGGUAUGUUCACCUUGUAUUGUACAAUGCAAGCACGGUGAGUAAGAAGGAAAUGGAGAAUGUGGCGAGGUGGGUUGCGGCGAAGAUCCCGGGUGCGAGGGUACAGGGCCAGAUGAUGCAUGGACAGAUCAGGCUGAGGGUCGAGAACGAGAAAGCUGGUGCGGGGAGUCUGUUUGAGGUGUUAGAGCGAGAGGGGAGAGAUGUUGGAAUUGAGUAUUAUAGCGUCGGGAGGGCGACACUGGAUCAGGUGUUUUUGGAGAUCAUUGGGCCACGGGAGGAUGAAUAGGGGUAAUGGAUGAUUUCCUUGUGCAUAGCAUUGGACACUCUCAGAUAGACGAGAAUAAUAGAUUUUUAU